AAGCGUUAUUUGAUUAGGCACGAAGUUAUUUUUAAAUUAUGUGGUUCUAAUUAAAUACGUAUUAAAGUACCAAAAUAUCCUUUAAAUGUUAUAAAUGUGUCGGUCUAACUAAAUAUAGAAACAAACGCUAUUUUUGAGACAGAACGCAACAGAACCUAAGACACUUAAAUUGGGACAGAACCAGUAUUUUCCUUUUUUUCUUGACUUUUCACCUACUAUUUUCGAAUGGGGUUUUCUUUUCCUCAAUUAGAUUUUUGGUCAAAGAAGAAAGGCUGUGUAGGUAACAUAUUGUAGUUCUUGAAAAUAAAAGGGUGUCAAAGCUCUUGAGUAAACUGUGCAUAUCUUGAUUAUCAAUCUACCAUUUCUUGCCAUGACACUAUGAUCAGAUAAAAGCAGAUAUUUGGUCGAAGAAGGAGGACUGUGUAGAUAACAAAUUCUAGCUCUUGAAAAUAAAGGGUGUCACAGCUCUUGAGAAAACUUUACAUAUCUUGAUCAUCAAAUGGCUGAGGUGAUUGGCCCUAGAUUGUAUAGUUGCUGCAAUUGUAAGAACGAAGUUGCACUUCACGAUGACAUCAUUUCAAAGGCCUUUCAGGGAAGAAAUGGUCGGGCAUUUUUGUUCUCUCAUGCAAUGAACAUAGAGUUGGGUCCAAAAGAGGAUAGGCACCUCAUGACCGGUCUCCAUACAGUCGCUGAUGUCCAUUGUUGCGACUGUCGUGAGGUUCUUGGAUGGAAAUAUGAACGAGCUUAUGAAGAGAUGCAAAAGUACAAGGAAGGGAAAUUCGUACUUGAAAAGUCAAAAAUCGUCAAGGAAAACUGGUAGUAGUCUACCCUGAAUUCUGUGAAAGGGUGUAGAUGGCUCCUACGUACGUGUUAUGUCAAUUCAUUGCUCAUUGCUGUAUAAAUUUCUUAUUUGUCCGAUUGGAUUGGUUAUGUCGAACAAACUUGUGAAUAAUAUAUCUCCAACAUCAUAAUUUGUAAAAUAUCUUGAAAUUAUAAUCUUUCCUUACUUUGUUUC